AUGAAUCUUGCUUUGGUUUUGUUGCUUCUGGUUGGGUGUUAUGAAGCCCUGGCAGCUAUCUGCCCUACUGACUGGCAGCGAUACGGCGAGUCAUGUUACUUUAUAACUCAACGCAUGAACUGGAUUGAAGCAAAUGAAACCUGCAUCAACUCAAAUGCAGCUCUAGCUGUGCCUAACUCGAAGACAGAACAAACUUUUAUCUGGUCAAUGUUCCUGGGUUUCUUCAAUGGGAGUCAGCCAACGGAACAUCUCUGGAUCGGUUGUUAUUUCAACCAGGAGGCUGGUGGAUGGCAGCACUGUCCAUUGAGGAACGUGUCUAACACCUAUGAGAAUUGGAAGGAAGAUAACCCAGAUGAUGUUGAGCCUGCCACGGAUUGCGUGGCUAUGAACCGCCUGCACAACGGUCAAUGGGGUGACAGACCGUGUAAUCAGGAUCAUUUUUCUGUCUGUGAGCUCGAAGCUGACAUCACCCAUGACUCAUUCUGCCUUCAGACCGGUUCCGGUGGUCGCAUCAAGUCCCAGUGCCUGGUCGGUCACGUCAUGAAGGAGCUACGGGCUGAUGGUGUGGUGUCGUGCGGGAAGGCGUGCCUAUUAGAGCCCCGAUGUCGCUCCUUCAAUCUGCUGAUGAAGCAAGGUCCAGGGAAGAUGGUUUGUCAGCUGAACAACGCGACUCGUCAUGAAGCGACUAGUGUGGUAAUGAUUGUGAAACAUAACUGCUACUUCUUUGAUCUAUAA